AUGAUGCUGCCUGAAGACGAAUUGUUCCCUGGUAUUCUCCAUCUAACUGGUGUAAGUAUAUGUCAUACGUCUAAUUCGAUCAAUUAUGUUCCUGCCUGGAGUUCUGAUUUAAAGAGGACCCAAUCUAUGGCUGGGGGCAUGCUUCUUACCUAUGCAUACCUACAUGCUUUGAUGUGCCGAAGGAUUCCAACUGCUUGUUCGCAGCUUUGA